GAGAGACAAGAGAGAGAAAGGAGUGGAGAGAGAAGGGCAGGAAAGCUUAGAAGAAGAGAGAUCCACCUCGAAGUAACCCCUCCCUCCCUCCCUCCUCGCUUGCUCCUGCUGGAGUGGAGUCGAGCCUGCUGCUGCCGCUACCUCCUCCCCGGCGCCAGGAGAGGGAGAGGCGAGGAGAAGCCGCGGCCAUGAGGGAGGAGGAGGAGGCCAGCUGGUUCGCGCGCGGCGAGGAGCAGCAGCUCCUGCGGCCGGACGAGCUGAUGCCUCUCACGCAAACGCUCAUCACGCCCCAUCUGGCCGUCGCCUUCGACAUCACGACGCACGGCGCCGGCGGGACGGGCGCGGCGGGGGGCGCAGGUGCGGGGCCCGGCGCGGGCGGCCCCGACAUCAACGGCGGCGGUGCGUCGUCGGCAGCGGGUUCCAGCGGCGGCGGCGGGGGCGGCGGCGGCGACGAGCCGGCCCGGACGCUCAAGCGCCCGCGCCUCGUGUGGACGCCGCAGCUGCACAAGCGAUUCGUCGACGCCGUGGCGCACCUCGGCAUCAAGAACGCCGUGCCCAAGACCAUAAUGCAGCUGAUGAGCGUCGACGGCCUCACGCGCGAGAACGUCGCCUCCCACCUCCAGAAGUACCGCCUGUACCUCAAGCGCAUGCAGGGGCUGGGCGGCGGCGGCGGCGGGGGAGGAGGCGGGGGCGCGGGGGGAAGCCACUCCUCCGGCUCCGGCACUGACGCCGCCACCGAGCACCUCUUCGCCACUGGGCCCGUCCCCUUCCUCCCGCCGGGUCACCGCGCGCCCGCCGCCGCCGACAGCUACCCGCCCUUCUCCCCCAUGGGCGGCGCGCACCACCACCAGCACCACCAGAUCGGCCACUUCCACCACCCCGCCACGCGCCCGCUCGCCCACUACGGCGGCGCCGCUGUGGGCGGUUUCGACCACGGCUUCCUGAGCCGCGUCGGGCCACCCGCCGGGCCGCCCGGGAUGCACCACCGCAUGGUCGGCGGCGGCGCCGGGAUGGGGAUGAUGGCGCCCGCCUCCUUCGCCGACGAGAUGGACCUCGGAUCCCGAGGCGGUGGCGGCAGCGGCAGCCGCCGCGAGCUGACGCUGUUCCCGACGUCCGGGGACCACUGAGCGCCGCCGGCCGGGGGCUCCGACCGACGACGGCGAUGGGCAUCGGACCGCGGGCGGGCG